UGUUUAAGUUUUGACAGCCAGGGUGUGGGGUGUUAACCGUACGCUGUGCUUUUUGCAGCCUUCACAGAGGUGAGUGCUUCUCUUGUUACUUCCUGUUUCUCAGACAGCCGAGCCCCACAAAAAGGAAACCAGACCAACCAGCAGCUCAUGAUGAGCCUCGGCAGCACCAUGAUAGAUUGAUCAGCUGUUGUGCUGUUGAGACGCAGUCCUUCGAUCGUCGAAGACAAAGACCAGACCAAGAUUAGACCGUAAGGCUCUCUCUCCAUGUCUACACUGACUCCCUCGAGUCCCAGUAGUCUCACAGCACCGGUUCUGGUCCAGUUCCAGCUGGGUCUGUUCAGGGAGGUGGUUCGAGUCCCUGCGGGCAACCUGAGCUACCGUCAUGCCCGGAGGUUGGCUGCUGAGGUCAUAGAGCGCAAGGCUCCAGACUGCAGUGUGGUGGGUGUCGGGGAGAAGAUUCUGCUGUUCAGACAUCAAGCCGCCUCCGAGCAGUUGCUGCAGCGGCUGACCGACUCUGACGAGCUGCAGGAUGGCGACCUCAUUGAGGUCAUCGUUUCAGGAUCAGCCUCCGUGACGCAGGUGACGAUGCGUCCACACUCCUUGGCGGUGCAGUCGUACCGGACCCCCACUUUCUGUCACCACUGUGGAGAGAUGCUGUGGGGCCUCGUUCGGCAGGGUUUAAAAUGUGACGGUUGUGGAUUAGACUUUCAUAAACGCUGUGCUUUGCAGUUGCCCAGUAACUGUAGCCGAGCACGGCGUCAGGUUAGCACCAGCUUUUCCCUGUUUCCACCCCGGCGACCUCGCACACACUCGCUGUCCAAUCAGGCAGGCGGGAGUCUAGAAGAGAUCAGCAAGUCCAAGCCCGCGUCCAGGCCUCCAUCCUGGGCCGAGGCUCCGGUGUGGCUGGGAGUCGGGUACAGCGACUGGAGCAGGGCUCAGGUCCCUCACACCUUCCACAUCCACAGCUACACCAAACCCACCGUCUGCCAGUACUGCCACCGGCUGCUCAAAGGCCUCUUCAGGCAGGGGCUGCAGUGCUCAGACUGCAGGUUUAACUGCCAUCGGCGCUGUGAGCCUUUAGUCCCCAGAGACUGUCCUGGAGAGAGGAACGGCAUGAACGGGGAAGAGAGCCCAGCAGCUGAUAACAGCUGCCAACCAGACUUGGAAGACAAUGAGUCAGUGAUCACCAGCACCACAGAGAUCUGCGACGAUGACAUGUUCACCGAUGAUGACUCACAGGCAGAGACCGGGGAAGUCGAGCAGCUGCGAGAGCCGAUGAGUCCUUGUUUCAGCAGCAACAUCCCCCUGAUGAGGCUCGUCCAGUCGGUGCAUCACACUAAGAGGAGAGGCGGAGGAGUCCUGAGAGAGGGGUGGCUGGUCCACCACACCAACACAGACACAUUGAGGAAACGCCAUUACUGGAUCUUGGACUGGAAGAGCAUGACUCUGUACCAGAAUGAAAACACCACGAAGUUCUACAAGGAGAUCUCUCUGUCCGAGGUGCUCGGGGUCCGAGGCCCCACCCAGCUCUCCGUGCCACCAUCAGACGGCAGCGCUCACUCGUUCGAGCUGGUGACGGUGUCGCUGGUGUACUGCGUGAUAGCCGGCGAGGAGGGGGCAGCCUGGGAGAGCGCCAUCCGGCAGGCUAUGAUGCCGGUGGAGAGCAGCAGAGGACACAAAGAUGAGAUCCAGGAUCAAUACCGAUACAGACGCAGUGCGGUAAGAUUUGAGCGAGUUUAUCGUGCACACGUUAGAGGAGUGUUACAGAGUGUUGAAGUGUGUUUGUGUGUGUUUCAGGACAUCAGCUCGGUGUAUCAGAUCUGUACAGACGAGGUGCUGGGGUCGGGACAGUUUGGCGUGGUGUACGGAGGAACUCACAGGAAGUCGGGUCGAACAGUUGCCAUCAAGGUCAUCGACAAGACGCGUUUCCCCACCAAACAGGAGACGCAGCUGAGAAACGAAGUGGCCAUCUUGCAGAAUCUGUCGCACCCCGGCGUGGUUCUGUUGGAGGGCAUGUUCGAAACUGUCGAGCACGUGUUUGUUGUAAUGGAGAAGCUGCACGGAGACAUGCUGGAGAUGAUUCUGUCCAGCGAGAAAGGUCGACUCCCUGAACGCAUCACUCGCUUCCUCGUCAUGCAGAUUCUGGAGGCUCUGCGGUACCUGCACUUGAAGCACAUCGCUCACUGUGACCUGAAACCUGAGAACGUACUGCUGGCCACUUCAGACCCCUUACCUCUGGUGAAGCUGUGCGACUUCGGCUUCGCCCGGAUCAUAGGGGAGAAGUCUUUCCGGCGCUCCGUCGUGGGGACUCCGGCCUACCUGGCACCCGAGGUGAUCAGCAGCAAUGGCUACAACCGCUCUCUGGACAUGUGGUCUGUCGGCGUCAUCAUGUACGUCAGCCUGAGCGGCACGUUUCCCUUUAAUGAAGAUGAGGACAUCCGGCAGCAGAUCACCAACGCCACCUUCAUGUACCCGCGCCAAACCUGGGCCCCCAUCUCACUGGAGGCUGUGAGCCUCAUCAAUAACCUGCUGCAGGUGUCGGUGAGACGGCGGUUCACCGUGGGCAAAGCGCUGGGACACAGCUGGCUGCAGAACUUCCAGCUGUGGUGCGACCUCCGGGAGUUCGAGCUCAGGAUGGGCUGCAGGUACCUGACGCAUCGAGGCGACGAGGACCGAUGGCGCUUCUACGCUGCAGAGAUGGGGCUGGACUUCCCCUCCCGCCUCUGCUGUGACCCCAACAAAGAAUUGGACAUGUGACCUCGAGCACAGAGGUUAAGGGUCGGACACUUUAUCAGACUGUGCAGCUACAUUUAAAAAAAAAAAAACAUUCAGCAGUGAGGCCGCGGAUCAAACGGGAGAAAAGUAAUAAAGACACAAACACGUGUGGUUUUAAUAAUAUAAUUUUCCUUUAUUUUCAAGUUGAGGUUUUUAACAUAUGACUGAAAGAGUGGCAUCAGUGAUGAGACAGCAUGAGUUAGGGAUGAGGGGGAGGAGGAGGAAAAUGGAGCACAGAUGAGUUAAGAUAUCGAGAUCAUGCACAGGGAGGAGCCUAACACAGCGAUCGUCGUGGCUGACCUCUUCUCUUCAAAUGCUACCCUAAACCCUGUGUUGUGAGUACGCCUGCUAUGGUUCCACGUACAGUUUUGAUUCUUCCCAUUUCAUCCACAACUUUCCUGAUGCCCUGUCUGACACCUCUCUCUGUCUUUGUCCCCCUUCUCCUCGUAAUUUUACAAUUAGCCCAAAAAAAGGCUAAAAAAAAGGAGUUUAAUAAGAGAGGUGUGUGGGAGAGGUCGCUCUCUCUGGCCAUAACAACUCAUCUUUCCGUAUCCGUUCCCGAGUCACCGCCCAGCCACGGCGCUCUCCUCCCAUUCCCCCCACCUGUGUCUUUUAAUACUCGGCGCUCCCAUUCGUCCUCCGUGUGUUCCUGAGUUUCUUAAGGCUUUAAGAUCUCCAGGUUAAAUCGCAUCCUUGCUAACAUUCAGGUUUCACAGUGCUGUGGUGAGAGUUUUCAGUAGCACCCGACAGGCCUCGCUCCUCUGCUGACUGCACUCGUGAACGGGCUCCUGCGGGGGUUCGUGUGAGGGCGAGUCGGUGACUCAAAAGGCCGUUUUUUUUUUU